AUACCUAGCCAAGUCCCAAGUAUUCGAUCAUGCGGUAGUCACUCGGUAAACCAUUGCGCGUAAAACAGCUGUCAAGAUUCAUGGUUACGAAUGCCAUUUAGCUCGUUACACGAUUCCGACGUAUUGGUGCAGUGAUCCUGAAACGAUACAUCAACUAUCAAGGAUUCUAGUGCUACCCGGUACAGGAAAUCUACUCCUCCGUGAUCUGACACAGUGUUCCUUUUCCCAUUAUGCCAUUUAGUAGUGGCACUGUAGCCUUGGCUAAUUGAAAACCGAAAUCUAGGAAGACUUCGCGUCGUCCACGUGCAGAACACGGAGUCACUUUUCGAUUAAAGGAAAUUCAUAUAGCGACGAUCCCAAAUUUGUAAACGCUGAUGCCAGAGUGGUGAAAGCCGCGAGAUGAACGAGUACGAGUUCUCCGCGAUCUUCCUCAUGCACAGAGUAACAGUGUUGAAGAAAUCUUAAAGCGGCGUGUUAUCAAAUCGACCACAAUGUCGCUUGGGCAAAAUAUAUCUGGGGCCGUCGUGGCCCUCAGAGACACUCCGGAAGUUAAAGAGCCCCAAACGUCAUGUUCCGACGAGAUCGAGAAGAUUAUCACUGUGGACGAAGAAAAAGUUUGUCAUCAGGCGACGCCGCUCGACAAAUUACAGCUAGUAGUGGAUUGGAUGGGAGAGAAUCUGCUUUUGGUAUUUACGACCGCUGGAGCAUUCAUGGGUCUGAUUCUUGGACUUCUUUGUCGAUUAGCCAAUCCAUCGCCACAGACCAUUACACUCGUCAGCUUCCCCGGAGAGCUUCUCAUGCGGUUAUUGAAGAUGUUCAUAUUACCACUAAUUAUUUCGUCGCUUAUCUCCGGAAUGGCACGAUUAGACCCUAAGAGUUCGGGAAUGAUGGGAUUCAGAGCAUUGAUAUAUUACAUCGUAACGACCAUUCUUGCGGCCAUAGUUGGCAUCGUAAUGGUACUGAUGAUCCAUCCCGGCGAUUCCAGCCUAAAAACCACAAUAUUCGUAUCCAAAAUAGACUACGUAAAAGUUUCUACGAUAGACGCUGUCCUCGACAUAAUUAGAAACAUGGUGCCGGAAAAUUUGGUGCAAGCAUGCUUCCAGCAGGCGCAGACCACUUAUGUGUCGAAGGACGUGGUGGCCAUAGGGAGUACGAAUAAAAAUAAUUCAGUCCUAGUGGCAGAGGUAGUGUACAAGGAUGGAACGAACGUGAUGGGUAUAAUAGUGUUCUGUAUCACGUUCGGCCUUCUCGCUGGGCAGAUUGGUCCUCGAGGAAAAUUGAUGGUCGAUUUCUUCGUGGUUCUCAACGAAAUAAUCAUGAAGCUCGUCAGUAUCAUUGUGAUGUGGUACGCGCCAAUCGGAAUCAUGUGUCUGAUAGCUGGUAAAAUAAUGUCAAUCAACAAUUUGGGGGCAACUGCUCAAACGUUGGGCCUUUACGUGGUGACGGUCAUAUUGGGCUUAUCAAUUCACGGUAUACUCACUCUGCCAACUAUGUAUUGGUUGUUAACCCGUCAAAAUCCUGGCACCUUCUUCAGAGGUAUGAUGCAAGCUUGGGUUACAGCUUUGGGGACAGCAUCAAGCGCCGCAACUUUACCUGUAACUUUCCGAUGUCUCGAAGAAAACAAUAAAAUCGAUCCACGUGUAACGCGUUUCAUAGUAUCAGUCGGGGCUACGGUAAACAUGGAUGGGACGGCUCUUUAUGAAGCGGUAGCUGCGAUUUUUAUUGCCCAAAUGAAUGGGAUAUCGCUAGGACUAGGUGAAGUCAUAACAGUCAGCCUCACAGCUACCUUGGCCAGCAUUGGGGCAGCUAGUAUUCCCGGCGCCGCUUUGAUUACGAUGUUUAUAGUGCUCACAGCUUUGGGUCUACCAACGGACGAUGUUCCUCUAUUAUUUGCCGUUGAUUGGUUAUUGGACCGAUUUAGGACUUCGAUCAACGUUUUGGGCGAUGGAUAUGGGGCAGGAAUAGUUUAUUAUUUAAGCAAAGAUGAAUUGGAGAAGAUGGAUCAAGAAAGAAAAUUGGAGGGUCUUGAAAUGGGAACACAUUAUGAGAACAUUUCGGAUGGUUGUCAGCGCGAGAACACACCUGCAUCCGGUGAAUGUUCCGAGACGAAGAUUUGA